AUGAGCACACUCAUGAUCUAUGGAGCCGCCGGCUACACCGGUGGCAUGGUGGCGGAGCAUGCUGCGUCGGCAGGGCUGAACCUCGUCCUUGCGGGGCGGGAGAAAGACCGGGUGAAGCUCGAAGCGCUGGCCGACCGCAUGGGUGCAGUUGUGAAGCUGUUUCCUCUCGACGAGCCCGGUGCCAUCGUGGCCAACCUUGCGGGCAUCUCCGUUCUCCUGAAUGCAGCCGGGCCCUUCGCGAACACGGCCGAGCCGCUCAUGUCCGCUGCGAUCCGUGCCGGCGUCCACUAUCUCGACUUUUCCGCCGAACUUGACACGUACCACGGAGCCCUGGCGCUCGACGCCCAGGCACGAGCGGCUGGUGUCAUGCUUUUGCCCGGCAGCGGCGGAAGUGUCGCAAUGCUCGGAAGUCUUGCCGGGCAUGCCGUGGCCCGUGUCAAGAACGCACGCAAGAUUGCCAUUGCGCUUGAUUUUGCAGGCACAAUGUCGAGAGGUUCAGCAAUCAGCGCGAGCCAGAAUAUCGCCCCAGAGACAUUUCGCCUCGUUGGUGGUGAACUUGUGACGCGCGACGCAAAUGAGCUUCGCAAUUUCGAUUUCGGGACUGGUCCACAAUCGUCCUUCCCCGUCACGCUGCCUGAUCUCUUGACGAUCCACCAGGCGACUGGUGUUCCCGACAUUGAAACAUUCGUCCACGUCGCCACCGGCACGUUUCCAACCUCGGACAUCCAGGAUCUCCCCGACGGUCCCAGCUUCGAAGAACGCGAAGCCAGCCGGUAUCAUGCAUCCGUCGAAGUCACCGGUGGGGACGGCACGGUGGCGCGAUCCGUACUCGAUACGGUCAAUGGCUACACGUUCACGUCCAUGGUCGCGGCGGAAGCUGCCCGGCGUGUGCUGGCAGGCGAGAUGCGGCCCGGCUUCCAGACGCCUGCGGGGCUGUUCGGCAAUGGCUUUGCGGAAACCAUCGCCGGCACGUGUAUCGUCGAUCGGGAAAAGAAACCCAUGCUUAUUGAUCACAUCGAGAUCCCGGUGACCGAUGUUGAAGCAACACUGGAUUUCUAUAAGACCGCGCUCAAGCCGCUUGGCAUUUCUUGCGUUAUCUCGGUCCCUCCCGAGCGCUCCGCCAAAAGUCAUCCGCGGCACGGCCUUGGACAGGACGGCUAUCCCAGUCUGUGGCUACGAGGCGGCAGAACCUCCAAAGAUCCGCUACAUAUCGCCUUUGGCGCCUCCGAAAGAUCGACCGUAGAUGCAUUCUACGCCGCGGCGAUGGCCGCGGGUGGUAGGGACAAUGGGCCGCCUGGGGUUCGGACUAGAUAUCACCCGACCUAUUACGCGGCUUACGUGAUGGAUCCAGACGACAAUAACGUCGAAGUCGUUUGCCAACACUAA